CUAAUCAAAGAAGAAAUAGCUCAAGAAAUACACACCCAACCAGCACCACAACAUGUAACACAAACUGAUACAAGGAUAGACCCCCAAGAAGACACUAUCACAGUAACACCACAAGAAAAUACCCUCACACAUGAAACACAGAUUAACACACCAACACAAAAAACACACAAUCCUACCACAUCACAGGCACAAUACGCAGACCUUCUAACAACUGAAAUGGAAACAAACAUAGCAUUAUGGACAGGAACGGAUCCCACGAAACGAGAAACAUUGCCAAAACUAAUAUUCAAAAAAGAAACCAAACAGCUGAUAAACUUAAUGAACCAUAACAUCAUAUCACAAUACGUAACAGAAGACAGUAACCUUGAAGAACUACAUUUAGUAACCUACGCAGCUGCAAAAACGGUACUAGCGUGCAAUGGACAAUUUACGAAACAAACAGUGAAUCUUAAACUAACAAGUACCAAGCAAAAGAAACCAAAAUGGCAACAGAGAAUAGAGACAAAAAUAAACAAAUUAAGAAGAGACAUCGGAAGAAUAACUUAGUAUGAAAAAGGAAACAGAUC